UCCCGAUAACUUUAAAUUUCCCGGUAUUUUCCUGAGACCGUCGGGACGGGAUCGGGAAUCAAGUCGGGAACCGAAUUCUCGCGAAAUUGACAUACAUGUCAGACUUGUUUACGGGGGCUCUUUCGUGUGUGUUUCGCGUGUUUCGCACCUCUCGAGCGCUCUAGCCACUCAUGGAGACCUCAUUUGUGUGGAAGCACUUCUCAAGGGACUCCCGCGAGUCUGCCACGUGUAAAUUUUGCAAGAAAGAGCUCAAGUGCAAGGGUUCGUCCACCACGGGAUUGCGAAGGCAUCUCAAGAGCAUUCAUAACUUUCACCACUUUGGCCGGAAGGCGGCGCUGGAGAGUGAAUCGAGCUCAGAAAGCAUGUCAAAUGCAGCCGACGAAAAGAAACCGGUUGUCUCGCAAGCUUCACCAUCAAUAAUUGCAAUCAGAAAUGACUUGGAUGCGCAAGGAAGCGCUCAAUCUACCGAGUAUUUUGACUUCUCCAUUGAAUCAGCAAAUAAUUCUACGUUGCCCGAAAAGGCAAAACGCAAUGUUCUGCUUGAGCUGGUGAACAUGCAAAAGGAGAAAAAGGACGAAGAUGCAUUAUUCUUUGAGAGCUUUCUGCCUUCAAUUCGGAAUUUGGCCCUUCAGGACAAAAUGCAGUUCAAAAUGGAGUUUCAGCAGCUCCUCUACAAAUAUAUGUUCAAGGAAUCAGAUCAAGCAUAA